AUGCAGUUAAAGAAGCCAGAUCCUAUGAUUGUAGCAACAAAGCUGCUAGCACGCAGAAAUUUUGUGGACACAGGAAAACAAUUUAACAUGAUCGCUGCAUCUUGGAUACAAUUUAUGAUUCAUGAUUGGAUCGAUCAUUUGGAAGACACUCACCAGAUUGAGCUUAGUGCACCUAAAGAAGUUGCAAGUGAGUGCCCUCUCAAGUCCUUUAAGUUUUACAAGUCCAAGGAAAUUCCUACGGGCUCUUAUGAAAUUAAGACUGGUUACUUGAACAGGCGUACCCCCUGGUGGGAUGUAAGCGAAGUAUAUGGUAGCAACACAGAUGUUUUGAAGAAAGUAAGAACGUUUAAAGACGGGAAGUUGAAACUAUCAGCUGAUGGGCUCCUUGAACAAGACGAAAAUGGAAAAAUCAUAUCUGGUGAUGUUCGCAACACUUGGGCGGGACUUUUGGCUCUGCAGGCUCUCUUUGUUCAAGAGCAUAAUGUUGUUUGUGACGCCUUGAAGAAAGAAUAUCCAGAAUUGGAGGAUGAAGACUUGUAUCGUCACGCAAGGCUUGUUACUUCUGCUGUAAUUGCAAAAGUUCACACUAUAGAUUGGACUGUUGAGCUUCUUAAAACCGACACCCUUCUUGCAGGAAUGUGUGCCAAUUGGUAUGGAUUGCUAGGGAAGAAGUUCAAGGAUACAUUUGGGCACAUUGGAGUUUUCGUUUUGAGUGGUUAUGUGGGAAUGAAGAAACCUGAGAAUCAUGGAGUGCCCUAUUCCUUGACAGAGGAAUUUGUGAGUGUCUAUCGAAUGCAUCAACUCCUACCCGAUAAACUUCAGUUGAGGAAUAUCAAUGCUACUCCUGGACCAAACAAAUCUCCCCCUUUGACCGAUGAGUAAGGUAUCAUCGACUCUCUCUCUCUUUGCACAUAUAUAUG